AUGAAGAGAAGCACCUUCCUCAUCCUCUCCAUCACAGCAGUCUUCAGCUCUAUUCUCCAGGCAGCAGCGUGGUCUGUGAAUAACUUUCUGAUGACAGGACCUAAGGCUUACCUGACGUACUCCAGCAGCGUGGCGGCCGGGGCGCACAGCGGGAUGGAGGAGUGCAAGUUCCAGUUUGGGUGGGAGCGCUGGAACUGCCCCGAGAGUGCCCUGCAGCUCUCCACCCACAACCGGCUCCGCAGCGCCACCCGGGAAACAUCCUUCGUGCACGCCAUCAGCUCGGCCGGCGUCAUGUACACCCUCACCAGGAACUGCAGCCUGGGGGACUUCGAGAGCUGCGGCUGCGACGACUCCCGGAACGGCCGCGUCGGUGGCCGAGGCUGGGUCUGGGGAGGAUGCAGUGACAACGUGGACUUUGGGGAGAGGAUCUCCAAGCUCUUUGUGGAUGCUCUGGAAACAGGACACGAUACUCGUGCGCUGAUCAACCUGCACAACAACGAAGUCGGGAGACUGGCAGUGAAAGCCACCAUGAAGCGAGCCUGCAAGUGCCACGGGGUGUCAGGCAGCUGCAGCAUCCAGACCUGCUGGCUCCAGCUCGCCGAGUUUCGCGAGAUUGGGAACUACCUGAAGAUCAAAUACGACCAGGCCCACAAGCUGGAGAUGGACAAGCGGAGGGUGAGAGCUGGCAACAGCGCCGACAGCCGCGGGGCCACGGCAGAAGCCUUCCACCACGUCCACGCCACCGAGCUCGUCUUCCUGGAGGACUCUCCCGACUACUGCACCAGGAACGCCAGCCUGGGCCACCACGGCACCGAGGGCCGCGAGUGCCUGCAGGGCGGCAGGAACCUCUCGCAGUGGGAGAAGAGGAGCUGCCGGCGGCUCUGCACCGAGUGCGGGCUCCGCGUGGAGGAGCGGCGGACGGAGGUGGUGGCCAGCUGCAACUGCAAGUUCCACUGGUGCUGCACGGUGCGCUGCGAGCAGUGCCGGCAGCUGGUGGCCAAGCACUUCUGCACCCGCCGGGACGCCGCCGCCGCCGCCCCCAACCACAUCCGGCGCAGGAACAAGGGCCACAAGCGAUAGGCAGCAGCCGCCGUGCCCGAGGAGCGUGCUUUGGUGUCCCCACGCCCUGCAGCUGCGGGCGGAGCUGGGUGGGGAAGAGUGCCCGGGGCGUGGAAGGCUGAGCGGGGGGCACCACGCGAGGCGGUGUGGAGCUCCUGCAGGCGGACGCUGUGAGAUCAGGGAGCGCAAGGCGCGGGCGCUGGGGGACCAGGACCCCUCUCGCCUCCGUGCUUUCUCCUCACUGUUUGCCAGCAACUUCUUUCUUGCCGGAGUCACUUUACCUCUGUGCUGGACAAAGGGAACAGUUUUAGGGUGCCCUCAACCCCCUGUGCCAACACCAGCGAGUCUGCCAAGGCCAGCAGCGGGACUCCAUCCCUACAGCAAGUGAGGCAGGGCUGGAGGCUGCGGCCAAAACUGAGGUGAUGCACCCUGGCAGCUCUGGGCAACGCAGCCCGAGCAGCCCCAGCCCAGCUGUUCAUGCACUGCAGCUGCUCAGCAGCGUGUGGAGGGCAAAACUUUCUGAUGGGAGAGGAGGUUCUGCAGUGUCGUGGUGUGUGCUACAACUGCAGCCUUUAGAGGACUCGCUUCAGUUUACAGACAGUGUUUACAGAUUUCAUUUCCUUCCUCCCCUGCCCCGAGCUUUCCUCCCCCUCCUCUUCUCCAUCCUCUACAUUUUGUAUUUUCCUGCCCCUACCCCUGCCCCUGUAGAGUGCAGUCUCCUGUAUUUGUGCUGGAUAAAAUUAAGCUGUUUACAAUUCCUAUUACUUUUUUUUUCCCCAUUAGCAGAUAAGAAUUCAGAAUUCUUUAUGCCUAAUGUUGGUUAUUAAUAAGUUGUAUUAUUGCUUGGCACAAUCUCUCUAUUUUUAAAUGUCUAUAUAUUUGGAAGGUUACCUCUGAAGAGUUAGAUUC